UGAUUCCCUGCCAGCACCCAGAGAUCUCCAAGGAUUUCCAACGGGGGAGAGACCUGUAUGUAAACAAAAAAGAUCUCUCUCCUAUCAGCUCCUGCACACUGCUUUGUAUGGCUCUGCAUAGCAGAGCCUUACAAAGCAAUGUGCUUAUAGUGAAACAGACACACAGCCCACAGCAAAACAGCACACAGUUAACCCAUUGAUCUUCCCAGAUGUUAACCCCUUCCUGCUCAGUGCCAUUAGUACUGUGUCAGGGCUUUUUAUUAGCACUGAUCACUGUAUUGGUGUCACAGGGGAUGUCAGUGACACCAAAUCAGUUCACUCCAGUGUCAGAAUGCUCGCCGCAGUCCCGCUAUAAGUCGCUG